AAGCAUAGAAAUCAAGGUAUAGAAUUAGAAUAGAAACUUGAGAGAGAGAGAGAGAGAGUGGGACUUUAAUAUCUCCAAUCCAUCUUUUGAAGCUUUGAAAAUGGUGUUGGAGUGAGUUGGGAAGCUCGUUUGGAAUGGCUGGUGUUCAUUGGAAGAAAACAAGAGAAAUUUGUUUUUGUUUUGGUUUCAGAAGAAGACAAGAAUUAGAAGAAGAAGAAGAGGAAGGCAAAUGUAGAAGACAACAAACAGAAACAGAAACGGAUUUAGAUUUGUUUGGAAGAACAACACAAGUACAUGAUACUACGAUGGAUUUCAGUUUUAAUUUUCAGAUUCUUCCAAUCAUUUCCACCUUUGUUUUCUUCCUUUUGUUGUUUUCCACUUUUUUUCCGGCCGUCUCAGCCGCACCAUUCGAAGAUUUCCGGCGACUGAAUCAAACUUUCCGGCCAGGUGAAGAGUCAAAGAAGAUGAGAUUGAUCAGAACCCAUCUCAUGAAAAUCAACAAACCUUCUGUUAAAUCAAUUCAGAGUCCAGAUGGGGAUGUAAUGGAGUGUGUUUUGACUCAUCAGCAGCCAGCUUUUGAUCAUCCUGAGCUGAAAGGAACAAAGCCAUUGGACCCACCGGAGAGACCAAAUGGAUAUAAUCAUGCCGGAAUGGAAUCGGAAAACUAUCAGCUAUGGAGUUUAUCCGGCGAAUCUUGUCCGGAGGGAACAAUUCCGAUCAGAAGAACAACCGAACAAGAUGUUUUACGAGCAAAUUCUCUCCAAAGAUUCGGUAGAAAAAUUCCAAAACCAAUUAGAAGAGAUUCUUCUAACGGUGGUCACGAACAUGCAGUUGGGUAUGUCAGUGGAGAAGAAUACUAUGGAGCAAAAGCAAGCAUAAAUGUUUGGGAUCCGAAGGUGACGGAUCGAUUCGAGUUCAGUCUGUCGCAAAUGUGGGUCAUAUCGGGUUCUUUCGGUGACGAUCUUAACACCAUCGAAGCCGGGUGGCAGGUUAGUCCAGAGCUAUAUGGGGACAACUAUCCUAGAUUCUUCACUUAUUGGACUACCGAUGCAUAUCAAGCAACGGGAUGCUACAAUCUGCUAUGUUCGGGUUUCGUUCAGACAAACAAUAGGAUUGCUAUUGGAGCUGCUAUAUCUCCAACCUCAUCGUAUAAUGGUGGACAAUUCGAUAUUAGUUUAUUGAUAUGGAAGGAUCCGAAGCAUGGGAACUGGUGGCUCGAAUUCGGAUCUGGGGUUCUGGUCGGAUACUGGCCAGCCUCUUUAUUCACUCACCUUCGAGAUCACGCGAGUAUGGUACAAUUCGGAGGAGAAGUUGUGAAUAGUCAAGCCUCGGGUUCUCAUACCUCAACAGAAAUGGGAAGCGGGCAUUUCUCUGGUGAAGGGUUUGGGAAAGCUUCGUAUUUUAGGAAUAUGCAAGUUGUCGAUUGGGAUAACAGCUUAAUCCCACUGUCGAAUUUGAAAGUAUUAGCUGAUAAUCCAAACUGCUACGAUAUUAGAGGUGGGAUUAAUAGCGUUUGGGGUAAUUAUAUUUAUUAUGGUGGCCCGGGUAAAAACCCGAGAUGUCCCUAAGAUGGGUCGGGUUAUCCAUUGAGUACAAAUACAUGGGUGAAAUUUUUAUAGUAAGUUGAAUUGUUUUCCUUCGAUUGGGUAAUCGGGUUUCUUUUUAGGCGGGUUAUUCUUUUAAUUUUUCGUGUAUUUGAUCGACUUAUAGAUUGAGAAAAUCAUGUACAUUAACGAUUUUGAGUUUUAAAUGGUCGAUAUAUUUUGAU